AUCCUUUAAAUUUAUAUUUUAAAACAAUGUUCAUUGGCAGCAUCUUAACAAAUCAAGAAAAAGGUCUUAAGCCUUAGAUUCCAGAAUGUUGUAUUUGAAAAUCCUAAUAUCCUUCAAAUUUAUUUGCAAUAUUUCAGAUGCAGUUCUGGAGACUACAAGGGACACCGAUGUCAACUUCCCUGCACCAGAGAUCACUGCCCCUGAGGUUCAGGUCAUUUCAGACCCCGCCAGUGAUUCAUCACAACAUCAACAUGAUGAAUCAUCUGAGGAACCUGUUCCAGAGACAGAACAGCCGCCUGAAGAACCAUCUGACAGGGACUUACAUGUAGAAGAUACAAAUGAGGAGGCUGAGGAAGAGGCAGAAUCUGUUGUUGAAGAAGAUCCAGUGCAACAACAACAGAAUGAGGAAGAAAGGUAAACUCACACUUUAUAUGGGAGGCUGCGGUUAAGACUGAUUUCUACUAUAAACUUGCAUUAUACUAAUCAUGUACCUCAAUGACCUCUUCCCAAUAGUGAAGUUCCUGAGAAUGAAGAAGACUCUUCUGAAACAUCGAUGGGUCCUCUCCCAGGCGAUUACAGCCCCAUUCCAGAGGAUUCUCAGGCUGAAGAGAUGACAGUAGAGGAGGCUGAAACGACACAAGAGCUACAGUUCAGCAGUUUUACAGCAAAGGACUUUCGCCGGAUUAAGGUUUUAGGCAGAGGAAGCUUCGGCAAGGUUCUACUAGUAGAGUAUCUUCCAUCAAACAUCUAUUGCGCUAUUAAAGUGCUCAAGAAGGACAACAUCGACUCCACUGAUGAUAUAGAACACAUUUUAACAGAGAAGCAAAUUGGACAGUUGGUGAAUCCACACAGUUUUAUAGUGGACUUAUACGCCACAUUCAGCACCAAAAACCAGCUGUUUUUCAUCAUGGAGUUUGUGGCAGGAGGCAGUUUAAGAACCCACCUGAUAAGGAGCAAGCACUUUGAUCUACAGACAACCAAGUUCUACGCUGCUUGUAUAACACUUGGUUUAGAAGGAAUUCACAGCAAGGACGUCAUACACAGAGAUUUAAAGCCGGGGAAUCUACUUAUGGAUCAAGACGGCUACAUCAAGAUCGCCGAUUUUGGGAUGAGCAAAACUGGCAUUGGAUAUGGAGACCGCACCAACACCAUGGUUGGGAGUCCUGCUUAUAUGGCGCCCGAAGUCGUGAUGGAGGAGGAGUACACAAGAGCCGUCGACUGGUGGGCUCUUGGCGUCAUCGUUUAUGAGAUGCUCCUCGAACGGUAA